ACUUCAGAACCAGAGCACUGUGGCGACGAGAUCACAGUAGUGGAGAGUUGUUGUCGGAGUGGAAGGAAGGAGAGAAGUAGCAGCACUGGGGGGGAGGUGACAGCUAUAAUAUUAUAUACAGAUAUAUAAACCGGCAGAGGGAACCAGGCUUAUCAUGGCGUCCGGAGACACCCUGUACAUUGAGACGGACGGGACGGAGAUGCCAGCAGAAAUAGUUGAACUGCAUGAAAUCGAGGUGGAAACCAUCGAGACGACAGUUGUCGGAGAGGACGGCGAACAGCAGCAGAUGAUCGCCCUGCAGCCUCUGGACGACCCGCACCAGCUCCACCCGCACCAGGAGGUGAUCCUGGUGCAGACCCGAGAGGAGGUGGUCGGGGAGGACGACUCCGAACUGCACACGGAGGACGGCUAUGAGGAUCAGAUCCUGAUCCCGGUGCCCGCCGUCGAGGAGGACUACAUCGAGCACACUCUCGUUGCCGUGGCCGGGAGAAGCUCGUCCGCGGGCCGUGUUAAGAAGGGUGGAAGCGGGAAGAAAGCGGGCAAAAAGAGCUUCUUGGGCGGCGGAGAGAUGGGCCGAAAGUGGGAGCAGAAGCAGGUCCAGAUAAAGACUCUGGAGGGGGAGUUUUCAGUAACUAUGUGGGCUUCAGACGACAAGAAGGACAUCGAUCACGAGCAGAUCGCCGAGGAGAACUCCCCUCCGGAUUAUUCUGAAUAUAUGACGGGAAAGAAGCUCCCCCCAGGAGGCAUCCCAGGCAUCGACCUGUCGGACCCCAAACAGCUGGCAGAGUUUGCACGGAUGAAGCCAAGAAAAGUGAAAGAAGACGACGCACCCAGGACGAUAGCCUGUCCACACAAAGGAUGCACCAAGAUGUUCAGGGACAACUCGGCGAUGAGGAAGCAUUUGCACACCCACGGGCCUCGCGUGCACGUCUGCGCCGAGUGCGGCAAGGCGUUCGUGGAGAGCUCAAAGCUGAAGAGGCACCAGUUGGUCCACACCGGGGAGAAACCGUUCCAGUGCACGUUUGAGGGAUGCGGCAAGCGCUUCUCUCUGGACUUUAACCUGCGCACUCAUGUGCGGAUUCACACCGGAGACCGCCCGUACGUGUGUCCCUUUGACGGCUGCAACAAAAAAUUUGCACAGUCCACUAACCUGAAGUCUCACAUCCUCACACACGCCAAAGCCAAAAAUAACCAGUGAGGUGAGAACCAGCAGGCGCGCCGGAGGACUGUAGCUCCGCCUGCCGCGCGGAUGAACCGACUUGAUGUUGCUUGGACUGCUUUUUCUGUGACAUGACUCUUUGUAUUGCAUAGAAGAUGAAAAAAAAAAAGAGAUGAAUCCCUUUUUUGUGAAGCUUUUGAUAAUAAACGGAGGUCUGAGGACGGGGGGGCUGCGUCAAACCGACCCGUUUGAGCCGGCCGCCCACACCUCGGCUCCCACCUGGAUGGAAUAUUUUAGAGUUUCUUCUGAUGAAGAUGUUAAUCCAUGGAUCUGCACCUGGAAAACCCUUAUUUAUACCUUUACACAAAUGGUUGUAAAUUUGCAUUAAUCUUCACCAGCUUCUUGUUUUUUUUUUUUUACUUUUCCCCACGUGUGCAUAUUGUACACGGUUUGAUGUAAUCUUUGUGGUCCGUACGCCAGCUGUAGGCUCCAAGGUUUCAAAGUUUGUUUCACUUCCCUUUGUUCUCCUUCAUGCCACCGUUUCUGGGAAGAAGAUCGGACAGUAGUGGCUUUUUAUUUUUCUACAGCACAUGUAGAUCAUCAUGUGAUUUUUUUUUUUUAUUUUUUUUUUCCCAGUAGUUAUUGAUUAAAUUGUCUCACAAUUGCAUCACUGAUGCAGAGCGUGUGAUUUGUGCUUUCAGGGGGUCAAACUCUUUUAGUAGGCUGCAGAUCUGGUGAAUAAUUGAACCAAUCAGGUCAUCACAACUUCCGGGCAGAUUUAACUGGGAUGUGGGAUCGAACUCAGAAAUGCUUCGUAUUCAUACGUUUAACCAAGUUAAACUCAAUCUGUGGCUGAGUGAGGGCUUCAACGGGCCAGGUUUGGGUUUAAAGCAGAACUUUAGGUGCCGUUCGAUUAUCCAGAUGAAAUGUUACUGGAAUUAAUAACUGCCUUGCAGCAAGAAGGUCCUGGGUUCGAAUCCCAACCUGCUUGUUUAACUGCAGCGCUCACGUUUCAGCAACUGGUACAAAAUUACAUCAUAGUUAUGUUGUGUAAUAAAAAUGUUGUUUGGAGUAAGA